UCCCCUGUGCCUCUUCCACGCCACGCGGAUGGCGUGCACGCAUCCAAGGUCCAAGCAAGCCGCAGUCCAUCCGGGACGGCGGGAGCGCGUCCUGCGUUGCACUUGCACCCUCCUUCUCCUUCGUCUCCGAUCCUCACCUUCACCCCCACUCCCUUACUCUCUCGGCCCUUCUUUCCUAGCUAGCGGCGACGACAGGGUGAGCAGUGAGGAAUCACCACCGCACGUGCCAGGUCGGCCAGAACUAGUGGGUGGACGGCAAGCAUCGUAGCGACCAUGGAGGUGGUCUCUUGCAGCCACUCCUGCUCGGCAUUACAUCAAACACCAGCGAGUGCAUGGAGGCUUCGGGGCGGCACUGCUCUUGGUCUUGGUCUUGGGCAUGCCAAGCCUUCCCGGCCCAGAAGAUACACGGUUAUGUGUGUCGGAACCACAAGAGGAUCAGCUUCGAGUCCGGGUGGUUCCGGCAAGGUCCAUGCAGCCCAGGGAUUCCAUGUGAGCGACGUGGAUGCAGCUCUGCAGGGCAUUCCUUCCAUGAAGGUGGGGGAGGUUAAGAAGGUGAUGAUUCAAGGCCUCCCGGAAGGCCCUGAUGGCUCACCGAUCAGUACUGGGUUCUGGGAGUGGAAGCCGAAGCUGACUGUGUACUAUGAGAGGUCCGGGGUGGAGAACAGCAAGGCGCCGGCGGUGCUCUUCCUGCCAGGGUUCGGAGUCGGGACGUUCCAUUUCGAGAAGCAGCUGAGGGAUCUUGGUCGUGAUCAUAGGGUGUGGACGAUGGAUUUUCUCGGGCAGGGGAUGUCGCUGCCGGGUGAAGACCCUGCUCCUAGUAGCAUCUCGAGUGAAGAGGUGUUUUGGGGGUUUGGACAAGAUUCGCAGCCUUGGGCAGAGGAGCUGGUGUAUUCUGUAGAUUUGUGGCAAAACCAAGUUCAGCGUUUCAUCGAGGAGGUUAUCCGUGAACCAGUUUAUAUCGUGGGGAACUCUCUUGGAGGUUUUGUUGCUCUGUAUUUUGCCUCAUCCAAUCCACACCUUGUAAAAGGUGUCACAUUGCUUAAUGCAACACCAUUUUGGGGAUUCUUUCCUAACCCUGCUACAUCUCCCCGAUUGUCAAAGAUUUUCCCAUGGGCUGGGACAUUUCCUCUUCCAUCAUUUGUGAGGAAACUUACUGAAGCAGUUUGGCAAAAGAUAAGUGACCCAAAAAGUAUUCAAGAUAUACUCAAACAAGUAUAUGCUGACCAUUCAACAAAUGUGGACAAAGUAUUCUCUCGUAUUGUGGAGAUAACACAACACCCAGCAGCUGCAGCAUCAUUUGCCUCCAUUAUGUUUGCUCCAAGGGGUCAGAUAUCCUUCCAAGAGGCAAUCUCUAGGUGCCAAAGCCAAGGUGUCCCUCUAUCUCUCAUGUAUGGAAGAGAAGACCCUUGGAUUAGACCUUUUUGGGGCAUUAAAGUCAAACAGCAAGUACCCGAAGCACCUUAUUAUGAAAUUAGUCCUGCCGGUCAUUGUCCUCAUGAUGAGGUCCCUGAGGUUGUAAACUACUUGCUCCGAGGGUGGUUGAAGAACCUCGAGUCUGAGGGUUCAAUCGACCUGCCAUUUCUAGAAGAACCCAGCUAUGCUGAGCAUGGUGUAUCCAGGGAACUGGACUUUGUCAGAGAAGGAUCAAGGAAAUCAGUUAGUGUGCGGCUCUAUGGUACCAAAAUUUCCUUAUGGAGCCAACUAAGCUCAUUCUUGAACACACGUGUUCCCAACUCUCGGGUAGUCUUGAGAUAAUCCAUCCUUACAACUCCUAUAGAUCUUACUCUUAGAAGCUUUGAUUCAAAAUAUUGUAUUUAUUACUUUAUUAAAUUGGCCAGGUCAUCUGUUUGUAAACAGACAAUGUCUUCAGAAUUUCUAGUGCAUGUAAAUAGUGGCACUACAGUGAUAGUUUCAAAAUUAAUCCUGAUUCAUAUCCUGUCGAGAUACGCUUGAAGUUCUGUUCAUAACUACAAGGAAACAUUUCAUCUA